AUGCCAGAUAGUAUGAAUGAACUGUUACUAAGCGUGUCUCGAGUUCGCCAAAGUCGACGUUGGGCCGUGUUACUCUACUCCGGUGGGAAAUUUGCCGGUGGCAUAUUUGACGGCUUGAAUGAAGUUGUGCACAAGACACUGCACCACUACACUGUCCGUGCGAAACAGGGAGGCGGUCAGUCCGCUUACGAUGCAUCUAACGGUGGUAUGGGUGGUGCAAAAUCUGCCGGUGCCAGUCUACGACGACAUGGUGAGAUGGCGAUUCGUGCGGAGAUUAGCCAGUUGCUACAUGGUCCCGCAUCGUCAGACAAUUCGCAACUGGAUCCGGCAUUGUUGUCCUGCCCGGAACCAGACAAAUUUGCUGCCGCCGCGUGCCAGGCCGGUCUUGGCAUGACGGCUGACGAUGUCCGUGUACGUCGUAUACCCUGUCGAACCAAUGAGAUCACAUACAGUCACGUCAAAGAAUUGCAUAAGGAAUUGUCCUCAUUUUAUGUGUACGGUAAGAUUGUCGAUUGUUGUCCCCCUCAUCCUCCUCCUCCUGCUCCGCCUUUAUCGUUAUUAUUGUUGAACCGUCAGACAAAAUUGUUGCCCACAGUAUUCCAUCUUUUCUCUGUGGUUCCUCUAAUAAUAACCCAGUUUCUUUUCAUUGAGAAUCGGCCCGUUAAAUCAGCUGGCAAAUUAACAAUGACUGGACCAAAAAUUUUAAACUGGCACCAGAAUGGAACCAAUAAGUAA